UGCAUCAACUUGAGCUAGCUGUGUUAUUUAAUUCUGGUGGGUGGAGAAAGCUUGCUCAGUCAGUCACAACAUCUUCUUUGACGCCUGCAUCUCUCUUCUCCUGAUCUCUUCUUCUCUUUCUCUUUCUCUUUCUCUUCUUGACAACGUCAACAAUAUAGAACCUCAAAUCACCCUUAUUGCAUAUAUAAAGAACUUAUCAUUGAGGAAGAAAUUGAUCAAGUUCUACCAUGGAGAAACAGGCUAAACCAAAGAACAAGAUCUUGAAAUUUCUACCGAGAGCAGCUUCAGCUGUAGUAGUCUCCUUCCAAAACCCUCCAUUCAGCCCAAGUAGAGAUAAGAGAUUAUCGGAGAUAUAUACAAGCAAGCUUAAAGCUGCUCAUCAUCAUGCCGGCAGAGGAUUCUCGGGUCCUAUCAUAUCAAUAAUUCCUCAUGAAGCUCGAAGGAAGCCCAAGAAUGGAGAUACGUCGUCGUUCGAAACACAAGAACCCACUUCACCGAAAGUCUCGUGCAUGGGCCAAAUCAAGCACAAGAAAACCAUCAAGAAAGCUAAGCUAAUUGCCUCGCUCCCUCGAGAUCAUCAACUGAAGGCAGCCGUGUCGUCGUCUUCUCCUCGUGACCUAAAGAAACAUGCCUCGGCGAUUCGGAGGAUCUUUAGUACCGGUGCAAAAACCGGUAGGAAGUCGGAUGCUUCUGCGCCUGCUGAUCAGAAGCCUGCUCACGAUAGAGCGCCUUCUUUGAGUCAAAUGAAGAGGUUCUCGAGCAGACGUGAUUCGUUGCCUGGUUUUGAAUGGACGGCUCAGAUUAUGCCGAUAGACAAGGUUGAUCACCGGAACUAUUACUCGGAUGAAGAAAGAGAGCAAGAAGAAGAUCAGGAAGAAGAAGAAGAUCAAGUCAUAAUUCCUUUCUCUGCACCUAUAAUGAUGGUAGGUGGAGGGGUGCCUUUGCAGCCAAGAAAAGAAAUUAACCUGUGGAAGAGAAGAACCAUGGCUCCACCUAUACCUCUUGAAUUAAAUUUGGUUAGGGCAAAUUGAUAUUAUUUUUUUCUAGUUUUACAUAGAUUCAUGGUUCGAUUCAAAUAUAUGAAUGAGAUCUGAAGGAAACUGUAAUGGGCUUGAUCAUCUGCAUCUACAUUAAUUCAUGCAUCAUGUAUAUAGAUCAUAGAUGAAUGUUCAAACAAAUAUACUUUUAAUUUCUACGCCGGCCGUUAUU